AUGACGUACACCAUCGUCCUCUUCAUCACGCGCAACCACGACCUUACCUCGGAAGAGUUCAGAGACCACUAUGAGCACACGCACAUUCCCCUCGCCCAUUCGCUGCUCGCCUCCUGCUGGCCGAUCGAUUUCAAACGUCGCUAUCUCGCGCGGAUAUCGCGGAAGGGGUUCGGAGGACCGGCAAAUCCCGACCGACCGCCGCUGAUGCUAAGGGGCGAGAUGAACGAGCUGGACUGUGACUGCAUUGCAGAAAUGACGUUUGACAGCGAAGCCCGCUUCCAAGAAUUCUACCGAAGAAUCUACGCCCCGGAGAAUGCAGCCAAGCUAGCAAGAGACGAGGAAAAGUUUUUGGAAACAGGGAAAACGAGGGUCAUUGUCGUUGGCGAGACUUGGAGUACGGACGAACACGGCGUCUCGACGAGAGAAAUAGGCUACAUCCGCAAAGACGAGAGGUCCGACAGCGAAGCCAGUGGUAGUGGCCAGAGCUGA